CUGGACCUGCUUCAUCUUGACACCAUCCCGAGCCCAGCCGACAAGAUGAUUGCCAAACUAGAGGCGACUCAUUUAUUCAGUAAAGCUUUUUUUGCGGCUCAGUUGACGUACUAUGGUAUUCCCUUUAAGCCAUCUGCCAAGGGUUCAACGCUGAGGGCUCUCCUUCGCGAUGAGGUUUGUGAAGGCAACUGUGAUACCGUUCCUGAAUCUGUAGUUGAGCUAGAAGCCGCCAUGCGACGCGACUACGAGCCUCUGUAUCACAAAUGGGAGAGCGAUUUCGCCGCAUGGAGUGCCGAAAAGGAGCGGUUAGACGAUGAGGCUUUUGAGAAGUGUAAAACGCCCAAUGAACGAGCAUGUUUUGAUGUCCGUCGCUUUUUGGAACAUUACUACUUGACAGACGGGAAGCCAGACCCGACCAAGACUCCAGAAACGCUGGUUUUACGCACUGAACGCAGAAUAGGUGACCUUACAUGGAAGACCCAGGAUAUCCCCGGUCUUCAUAUUUGGAACAGUACUCAUAACGUCAUGGAGCCUGUUACAUGCUUCAUAGGAUGGGACCGUGACGAGAUCAUGCGAUUAGGGAAAGAGUUUAGUGAUCGUCAGCGCGAGGCUGAGAAAGCCCGGCGAAGAUUAAAGUGGGAAGAAAACAUGGAAGCCCACAAGCAAUAUCUCGCUCGCAGGCAGUCAAAGGAGGGAGAUGCUGACGGAGAGGAUGAGAAAUCCAAAACAUUUGAUCUCAGCCGCUUAGCAGGCUCUUACGUUAUUCGAUGUGAUGCGGUACUGGACGGAUGGGACACUGAAUUCACGGGAGAUACGCUGACCAUGGAUGUUGCCCCGAGCUCCGAUGAUAUGCUGGUUGCGGCUUAUAAUCUUGGCAUCAUCCGAGGAACCAUGACGCUUUGUUUGUCCGACGAUACGCUCAAAGAAAUGUUCGAUCCGGAUGAGGAUGAGGAUGAAGAUUCUGAAGCCUCCAUGAGCGACGAAGAAGAUGAAGACAAUGAGGAUAAAGAAGAUGAGGAUAAAGAAGAUGAUGACAAAGAAGAUGAUGGAGAUGGUGUUGAUACAGAGGAACCCACCAACGCGAAAAAGCGCAAAGCCUCACUGAAGCAAGAAGAAGAUGAAGAUUCGUCUCAGCAACAACCCGCGAAGAAGCGCAAAACUGCCACCCAGCCAACCCCGUCUCGCCGUGUCUACCUGCGUCUUGAAGGCUACGAAACCGGCGAGGGCGAAGAGUUACAUGUCCCUGAUCCCGGCUACAUCGAUUUCACCAGUAAUGACUGCAUCGCAUUUGAAGGACUGAUGAAGACCUUUACUUAUGUGGGGAGCAAGGUCAAGUUUGAAGGCUAUAAAAUCUCGGACGAGCCACAGAGGGAGCCAGACGUUUACGAAUACGUGUUUUUGGGUGAGUAGGUAGAUGUAUAAUAGUAGGACCUAUUGAACUAUUAUCCAAGAGCGAAGAGAUGGCAUUAGGAAUCCGGAAUAUCGGCUUUUACUUUCCCUAGCUGGGAAAUCCUUGUGCAUAAUCACAUUUCCCGAAAAAAAAAAGAAGCGUCGGGUAAGCUGGCGGAUCAGGUCCGAGCCGCAGCUACUGCUUCGGUAAAUUGGGGUUUCAAUGAGAAUAUAGAAACAAGCGAACCUUUUUCGUAUAUAGAUACUAUUUGAGCAUAGCUAUUCAGAUCGUCUUAAAUUUCAAUGUUUGCCCUAG